AUAAUAAUUCAGAAAGCGAGUGCUAGUCAGGUCAUCGGGCACGCCAUUGAUGACGAGUAUCUAAAAGCGUACUAUGAACAAUACUACAACGAAUGGUAUAGUAGUGAACAGUUAAACAAGAUCUGCGCCGACAUAAAAAAGGCCACACAAGACUACGGCAUCAGGAACCCGAAGUCGUUCGCCUUGGAAAAUUGUCCGCUCAUUCAAAUGUACUACAAAAACAUCAUUCGAGAAACCAUUCAGCACUACUUCGAUCUACAGAGGAAGUUCAAAGGGCGUGGACUUCGAAACCAGAAGUUGGUAACUAACUUUUAG